AUGGCUUUGAGAGUGGCCUUCCUAGGGCCAUUGGCGUCCUUCUCGCAUCAGGCAGCUGCAGAGUCAUUUGGCCGAUUGGCUGCCGAUCUGCAACCGAAGAGCUCGUUUAACGAUGCCUUUGCUGCCCUCCAAAGCAACGAGGCUGACUACGCUGUCAUCCCGUGCGAGAACUCAACCAAUGGCUCUGUCGUCCAGACUCUAGAUCUACUCGCAGAUCGCGACAACUCAUAUCAAGAUGUCAAAGUUUGCGGCGAAUACUAUCUUACCGUGCACCACUGUCUUCUUGCACGUAAAGGCUUAUAUCCCAGCUGGGCCGAAUACGAUGGUUCGAUAACCAAGCUGUACACGCAUCCGCAGGCGUGGGGCCAAUGUGAGACAUUCCUCGGGAAAUACUUCAAAGGUGUCGAGAGACAGGACGUCUCGUCCACCUCUAAAGGAGGCGAAAUCGUCUCCAAGGACACUGAAGAGCGUGGCGGGGCAAUUGCUAGUCGCUUUGCGGCGGAACACCACGGCACCGAUGUGUUGGUAGAAAAUAUCGAGGACCGCGCAGAUAACACAACCCGGUUCUUGAUCUUGAGGAAUGUGCUCGCUGAGCGCACCGCUCAAUUGGAGUUUGAGCAGCCAAACCCGCCUACAGAGGGUUGCGCACUUGAGACUACCCACAAGACUCUGAUCUCUUUCCUGGUCGAUCAUUCUUCCCCUGGUGCUUUGGCAGAUGCUCUACUUAUCUUCAAGAACCAUGGCUUGAACUUGACGAGUAUCAACACAAGGCCUAGCUUGAAGAAGCCCUGGCAGUAUGUCUUCUUCGUUGAAUGUGGAAGGACACCUUCGGAGGAGAACAAGGAUGCCGUCCACAAGGCUAUCAGCGACUUGAGACAGGUGACUGAAUUAUGUAGAGAUCUGGGAACCUGGAAAGACCAGCUCAGUGCAAAUGCCUAG